AUGGCUUCGAAGCCCACGGCGGGGUCUUCUGCCCUUGCCGACCAGGUGGUUGACCAGGUCGACGCGACCGCUGAAGGAGAGAUCGUUCCUCUCCCGAGUACGGUUCAUGUGAGCUCCGAUCGGACUCGGAGUUCGGAUCAAGGUCACUCGAGGCAGGCGCCGAAGCGAGCUCGGAGUGACGAUGGAGAGCUCGUUCUCGCGAGGGCGGCCCGACUGCCUCGAACGGGAGCGGGGGAAAGCCGCCGUUUUACUGGCAGUACGAGAACUCCAAGGCUUCCCCGUUCAGGACGACGAGGAGGGAACAGCUCGCAUUCAGCUCCACUUCAAGCCCGUCGGAUGCCGGCUCCCGUCCCUGAACCAGAUGCUGUGGCAGCUCGUAACAUGUUGGUGUCCCGCCUGGAGUCGAGGAUCAGAGACGCGCCUCAGCAGAAAGAGCUCGAUCAGGUGAAGGAGCUCGUUGCCAAGUUGACCUCCGAUCUCUCUGCGGCGAACGAGCGGGUAGCUCGUCAGGGUGAGCUCUUGAAGAAACACACCUCGCAGGAGGGUCGUGUGAAAGAGCUCGAGACCAGGGAGGCCGAUCUCUUGCGCCAGCUGUCCCAGAAUCAGGAGCAGAUGGCGGCUUUGCAGAAGGAGAGCUCGAGUGCGCUGACGCAGUCGCUUCGCCUUAGCCGGGAGAACCAGGUACUCGUCGCCGAGAAGGACAACGUAGCUCGCCGUGCCAACCGCGCAGGUCGGAGGGAGAUGGUCGCGAAGCAUCGGGAAGUGCUUGAAUCGGCUAAGGCAAAGUUCGAGGAGAAGAGGGUGGAAGCCAAGGCGGCCCAAGUCUCCGAUUUCUCGAUCGGGAAGUUUAACCUUCCCGUGGUUUCGGAGGACUCGGUCGCGCGCAUGGAGAUCGACCCAUCGACGAGCAUCCCGGUUGGCUUGAACCCGUUCGGGACGAAUGCCGAAGAGAAGGGAAGCAACGAGGAGGAAGAGAAGGAAGAUGAAGAGAUGACCGUCGAGGACUGA